UGCUUGAUUCCCACGUUUUUGCGAUAACAACAUUCUUGUGUAACUCGUACAUGACCGUUUUCUGUUUUCAAAGUCUACAAAUGUUCAGAUAAUUUAAAACUGACUUUCUAAAGAUAGCAAUGAGACGGCUAGCAAUAUUGGUUGGUCUUCUAUGCUGUUCUGUAACAUUUUGUGCAAAAUUUUAUCAGUGCUACUGGGUCAACUCGCCUACUGUUGACUGCAACAAAUUUGCCACUGAUCCAACGUGUGGAACUGAUCUUGUUACUUACAAGAACAAAUGUGAGUUCAGCAGAGCGCACUGUAAAGACAGCACCCUUGAUCUGAGGCACAGCGGAUCAUGUACUGCUGCUGAUGGCUCAACACCGGCGCCAGUGAAUGCUGCUGGUUCUGAGGUGGUGUUUGACUUUAUGUGUACAAGCCUCAGUCACAUGGAUUGUCAAGCAGGGGGAGAAAAAACGUGUGCGUCUGACGGACGGGCAUACGAUAACUAUUGCGAGUAUGAGAAGCAGAAGUGUACACACCGUCACCUCCAUGUGGUAGACUGUGAUGUCUGAAUUUUUGUUCGUUUUGCUUGUACGUUUCAUAUUUGUGUAAUAUUCAUAUAUUUCAUAUAUCAAAUAUGGAUAAAAUUACCCAUAGAAUUCAA